UAUUAUAUAAACAUAUAUUUAUUUUUAUGUAAUCAAAUAUUUUGUAUAAGUUUACCAUUUCUCAAUAAACAGUAAUGGCGAACUCAGAAAAACAGGAUGAAAAGAAGCCUGAAACUAUAGAAUUUGAGGAUAUCGAUAUAAGUCGACCAGAUAUAUUAGAGCAGCCUGUGAAUCGCUUUAGGAGGUGUCCAAUUAUUGUCACACUUGCGGAUCCUCAAAUAACGCCCGUAGACAUCCAGCAAAUGUUAGAAUGUGGAAUAAACAUAGUGAAAUUUAAGAUGUCUUAUAGUAGUAAGGGUGACAAACUUCGUAUGAUUGGUAAACUUGACAAGGCAGCCGAUGCUUGCUGUCGUAAAUUUGGUAUUAGCGAGUGGCCUAUUGCCACCUGCGUGGAGUUAAAAACCAUCGUCGUAAAGACUGGUCUUCUAGAAAACAAUGCUGAUCAAGUUAAAAUAACCAAGGGAUCUGUCGUUAAAAUAACAUGCAAUAUGGACGAAUAUAACAGAUGCAAUGAUCAUAACAUAUUUAUUGAUAAUCCAUACUUAGAAAGUGACAUACCAAUUGGAACUGAGAUAUCUAUCGCUUCUGAUGAAAUAAUAUUACAUUGUAUUGAAAAAAUAGAUUUUGAAAAUAUUAAUUGCAUUGUAAUAAAAGGCGGUAUAUUGAAAAAUGUUUGCAAUUUUUGUGCUAGAGGCAUUUCGCCUACUCGACCGAAUAUUACAAAGAAAGAUUUAGAAAUUGUUAACUUUGCGUUAGCAUAUCAAAUAGACAUGAUUGUCGUCAAUUAUGUACGCAAUGCAGAAACAAUAAAAGAAAUCAAAAAACAUAUAGGAAAUAAAAUAGCAAAGCCGUUAAUAUUUUGUGGCUUAUGUACUGGGGAAGAUCUAGAGAACGCAGAUGAAAUUAUCAAGGAAUGCGACGGUGUUAUAUUUGCAAGAGAUUUUUUGCCGUAUGAAACAAGUGCAUCACUAAAAUUAAGAUUGCCACAGAUUCAAAAAUGGAUUAGUAGUAAAUGUUUGCAGGCUGGCAAACCUAUGUAUCUUUCCGGCGGGGUGUUUAAAGAAGCAAUAUGUACCGGUGUAUUUCACAUCAAUGAAAUAUCGGAUGUUGUAAACGCUAUUAUGGACGGCGUUAGUGGUUUUGUACUGCAAGAUUGUUUUGACGUCGAUUUAGCACUACAAGUGUUGCGUGCCUUAAAUGAAUUGUGCUACUUCGUAGAACCACUUGUUACGAGUAAAAUUAAUUUUUGGAGAAUUCUGGAUGAGGUAAAAAUGCCAAUAAACGCAGCAGAGGCCGCCGUUAUAUCAUGUGCCAUGGUCGCGAAUCUAAGUAAAGCGCGUGUGAUUGUCAUACCCACUGUUUCCGGGAAAACUAUGAAGGCGCUCCACUGGAUGAGGCCUUCAGCUCUCAUUAUCACCGUUAGCACUAAAUUGAGCAUCAUACGGCUACUGCACACGUACAGAGGUGUCAUGCCGUUAAUGUACAAAGUGAAUCAAGAAAAACCUUUCAAAGACUGGUAUGAAGCUAUCGAAGAUCGUGUAAAGUACGCCAUAGAGUACGCCGUGCAAAGAGGUUGGCUGCAAUACCGCGACUAUUACGUCACGCUACAGAGAGGCGCUGACAACAGCUCCUUCUGUGAUAUGGUGAGGGUCUGGGAAGUCAGCAUUUCAAAGAAGCAUCUAGUCGAGUGUUAAAGAAGAAAAUGAUGCCAAUUAAAAGAAAUAUAAUAUUCCACACAUUUACAAUAAUGCA